AUGCCCCAGAAACUGUUCAUCCUCAUCUACAGAGGCGACCCCCUCGACUACUCCGAAUACCGCCACACCGCUCUCUACUUCCACUUCCCGUCCUCGCGCAGCAUCAUGCACAUCGUCGGCUGCCCAGGCCUCUUCCGCUACGUCAACAACAUCGACACCGACCCCUCCGUCAUGGGCAGUCUCGCCAAGGUCGUCCCCGUCACCGAGAUCCCCACUGAUAUCGGCGAAGACUCCAUAUCCCAGACCGUUGCCCGCACCCCGAUCCGCAACGGGCGGCUCGAUCUGGACUGGAACUGCCAGAACUGGGUCGGCGAUGCGCUGGCGAGACUGGUUGAGCGCGGGUGGAUUUCGGCGGAGCAGCGCGGCGUGGCGAUUGAUAAGAUGGCGGAUGCUUGUUUGGAGGCGGGGGAUGAUUAA